GCUCAUGCAUGAUAUACGCGCGGGUACCCGUCAUAUCAACAAAGUGAAAAUGGCGGCCGCCGAGUUUGAGAAAGCAAAGGCUCUUGUUGAAACUGACAAAUCGACUGCAAUUGCAGUUUUUCACAGCAUCGUGAAGCAAGAUGUCGAUCCAGCAGACGAAGAAGGAGUUCGAAUCAAAGAGCAAAGCAUCAUGGAACUUGGGAGUCUCUUGGCAAAGACAAAACAGGCUGAAGAAUUGGGUGGACUGAUCAAGUUCACCAGACCGUUCCUGUCCUACGUCAACAAAGCCAAGGCGGCCAAGCUUGUCCGAGCCCUGGUGGACCUGUUCCUUGACAUGGAAGCUGGCACAGGAAAUGAAGUAUCCCUGUGUCUGGAGUGUAUAGAAUGGGCCACGACUGAGAAACGCACCUUCCUGAGGCAAGCGCUAGAAUCCAGACUCAUUGCUCUGUAUUAUGACACAAAGAAGUACACAGAUGCCCUUGCAGUGGGGUCUCGGUUAUUGAAGGAGUUGAAGAAAAUGGAUGACAAGGCUUUACUUGUAGAGGUACAACUUCUAGAAAGUAAGGUGUACCACGCCCUGGGCAAUCUCCCUAAAUCAAGAGCCGCUCUAACAUCAGCCCGAACCACAGCUAAUGCAAUUUACUGCCCUCCAAAGCUGCAGGCUGCCCUAGAUCUGCAGUCAGGUGUGCUACAUGCAGCUGAUGAGCGGGAUUUCAAGACUGCCUUCUCGUACUUCUAUGAAGCAUUCGAAGGCUACGACUCGGUGGAAAGCCCCAAAGCCAUUGAUGCUCUCAAAUACAUGUUGUUGUCAAAGAUAAUGCUGAACUGUGCUGAUGAUGUUCAGUCCAUCGUUAGUGGCAAGUUGGCUUUGCGGUAUGCUGGGCCCAACGUGGAGGCUAUGAAGUGCAUAGCAAACGCCAGUAAAAACAGGUCACUGUCAGACUUCCAACAGACAAAAAACAAGUACAAGAAGGAGCUUGAGCAGGACCCUAUCAUCCAGGCCCACCUUGACUCCUUGUAUGAUAACCUGCUGGAGCAGAAUCUCUGCCGCAUCAUUGAACCGUUCUCCAGGGUGCAAGUGGCCCACGUAGCCAGCAUCAUCAAGCUCCCAUUGAACCUCGUUGAAAGAAAACUGUCGCAGAUGAUUUUAGACAAGAAAUUCCAUGGUAUUCUGGACCAAGGUGAGGGCGUACUGAUUGUCUUCGAUGAACCGAUCGUGGACCAGACGUACGAGAUGUCACUGAACACAAUACAGAGCAUGGGCAAAGUGGUCGACGCGCUCUACAAGAAAACCACCAAGUUGUAUUAAAAAUUGCAGGGUUAGUUUGAAAUACAGGCUUGCUUCUGAAGAAGAAAUAUGGGACAGACA